ACUAAUUAAAUUAAUAACUAAAUUUACAAGCAAAUAAAGGUAGUUUCUAAUGUGACUUUUUUCAAAUUUAAAGAUAAAUAAGCAACAUUUAAAUGCAUCAAAGUUUGAUAAAAACUUAAAGAAUGUCAAGUUUGAAACUGAUAUAUGAGCAUACAAAAUACUCACCAAUGUGAUACGUAAAAAUUAAUUAAAAAGCAUUUUGUAAGUAGUUAAAUUUAAUUUUAGUUUAUAAAUCUGAUGGAAUGAGUUAGUAGUGGAAAAAUACAGAGACUUUUAGGGUCCCCCAUUUAACAAAGAUAUCAUCCCAUCUAAAAAUCUAUAAGAAGUUCAAAAAAUGUUCUAAGUGAUAUAAGUAAAAAUUAGAGUAAAAAGCACCGUAUAUGUCAUUUCUUUACCAUAUCAAGCCGAUAUGAAGACAUGGCAUCUUUCGCAAAACAUCUCAGUACUCAUCUUUAUUUUCAUAUGGAACGCAAUCACCGAAAACAAGGUGGAAGAAACUCUCAAACUGGAUCUUCUGGCUUCUCUCAAAGCGAACUUCAGCAUUCACCAUCUACCAAUAGACCUCGUUCUUGGAACAAAGAAAACAGUCAUGGAGAUCUCGAGCCUGGAGCUUAUAGUUAUAGCAGCGAGAUUGUGUCUUCCUACGAUAAUCCCCUUGGUAUGGACAGUCUCAGACACAUAAGUACAGAACACAGAGGCAGUAUUGUAGGUAGUGACUGGCCAGAGGACUAUUUUAGUUAUAGUCCAUACCUCUUAACUCCGGACUUGUCUUCAAAAUCUCGGACUCGAAGACGUUCUAGUAGGCGAUAUGGUGGUUCAUCGAAUAGGUAUGAGCUUUGUAUUGAUGAUGAUGAUGAAUAUGUUCAACCGAUGAGGGAACAUCCAAGACUUAGACCACCGGAUCCUUCCUCACCCAUUUUAGAUCGAAGGUUUUUGCCAUCAACUCCUAAUUCAUCCAGAAGUAGAAAUGGUCUGGAUGACUCCCCAUAUUAUCCUGAUGAAGUAGAUCAAGAUUGUUUUAUUGUUCCUUCCCAUAUGAGAGGACGGUUUCUUCCUUUGAAAAACGAAAAAAGCGUUUUGUCAUCUCAGGAGAUGAAUACAUUGGAAGUGGCGGAUCCCAAAGUGUGUAUUCUCAUCGAUUUCCGGGAAAAUGGAUCAUUUGCUUCCCAGGAUUUGCCUUUUCCGAGCACUGCCCUUCGAUUAACACCAAAGGAGUGGUUAGUCAGUCAACUUAAUCGUCACCGCAAAGCCUUUACUUGGGUCAAAGAAUCUCAAAGUGCCAUCGAAGGAUUGCUGCUUAUGAAUGUAGAACGACACAGCCAAUUCCCUUUUGUAACUUAUUUAGUAACCAAUACCAUCCAUUCGGAUCCAAGGAGGAUAAUAGUUCAGCUAAGAAGUCAAACAGCAGUACCGCAGAAUUCGGAGCAGUUGCAGCACACUGCUGGAUAUGAAGAAGUGGCUAGCAUUGUAAAACCUUCUCUAGACUGUUUAGCAAAACAGCCCAUAGAUGACAGAACUGGCUACAUUAUUUCAGCAUUUCGAGUUUUUCCUGGUGAAGACAGAGAGAAACUCGAAAGAAACUGGCUGACUUGGACAGGUGCUCGCCAAGUUUACAAAUGCUUGCCAAAACAUUUAGGAUUACGAAGAUUAACUUUUCAUAAAAAGCUCUUCCCUGAUAAUGGAAUAACAUAUGUGCUCAUGUGCGAAUGUUCUGCUCUGGUUGAACAUGUUACAGAAGCUUUGGUAUUUGUAGAUCAUCUUCGAGCCAGAUGCUGUGGAUAUACCGCAUUAUAUCGACCUGUGGAUGUAUUUUGACUAUAUGCUAUCACCAUGAGAAUAGAAACUGUAAAGGAGAAUACAUUUAAUGUCUUAUUUGUGAAGUGUUGUACAUUGCUUUUAUUGUUUUCAUAGUAUUGUUAUAUGUACAAUUGUAAAUGUAAAUGAAACAAAUGAAAAGAAGAGCAGCAAUAUUAUUUCAAAGAGCAGCUAUAAUUCUUAGCCUCUUAGAAAAUAAAAUUUCCUCCUUUUUA